AUGGUUGAGGGAUCUGGCUCCAAAGAUUUUCCUAAAGCCUUCUGCAAUGAAACUGAUAUAUCUACAGAUGGUUAUCCAAUAUAUAGACGCCGAAAUAAUUCUAACGAAACUCACUUUACACGUAAUAAUAUUCAAGUAGCUAAUCGUUUUGUUGUACCAUCCAAUUCAUUUUUAAGUCUUAAAUAUAAUGCUCAUAUUAAUGUUGAACUAUGUUCAACUGUUAAAGCUAUCAAAUACAUUAACAAAUAUAUUACAAAGGGUUACGACUGUGCUCGAAUCGGUGUCCAAGUAAAUGCAAACGAUAAUGUAGAAAAAGUUGUUGAUUAUGACGAAAUGAAACAAUAUUUAAAUUGUCGUUAUAUUAGUUCUCAAGAAGCAGCUUGGCAUCUUCAAGAUUUUCCUAUUCAUGGUCAAUCUCAUAAUGUCGUCAUGUUGUCUAUUCAUUUGAAAGAUGGCCAAUCCAUCUUUUUCGAAGAGAAUCAAGCUGAAAAUGCUUUGCAACGAGAGUCGGUCGUGUGCACGACUUUAACUGCUUAUUUCGAUUUAAAUGUUUCAGAUUCGAGUGCGCAUCAAUAUUUAUACCAAGAUAUUCCUAAUCAUUACGUAUUUAAAAAUAAAAAAUGGGUAAAACGUUCAGAGAUUUCUCAUCACGGAGAGAAAACAAUCGGUAGAAUUAUUUCUGUAUCUCCUAGAGAUGUAGAAUUGUAUCAUCUUCGUUUGAUUUUGCUCUCGGUGAAAGGUCCGGAUGCUACAUCUUUUGAAGAUCUUAAAAAGUUCAAUGGACAAAAUUAUUCGACAUACAAACAUGUAGAAAGAGUUAGAGGUUUGAUUAAUGAUUCAAAUGAGUGGCAUAAUUGUAUGUACGAAGCAUCAAGUUAUAUGAUGCCUAAAUGUUUACGAUCAUUAUUAGUUGCAAUUAUUUGUCAUUGCAACCCUCCAAAUCCUUUGCAACUUUUCGAAGAUUUCGAAGAAAAUAUGAUUGAAGAUUUUAUUCAACAAGGAAAUAGUGUAGAAAAAUCUCUAAAAUUAUGCAUUAAUGGCAUAAGAAUGCAAAUUCCACAAAAUGGUUUCGAUUUUAAUCCAUUUUUACCAUUUUCUAAUUUCGAAGAUAUUUCAGAUCGCGAAGAUAAUUUAGUUAACUGCACUGUUGAUGGCAAUAACUUAUUAUGGAAUGAUCUUAAUAGUGAUCAACUUUUAGCUGCGAAUACUAUUUUAAAAUCGUUAGUCGAUUUAAACUCGCAGAAAUGUUUUUAUUUAGAUGGUCCCGGUGGAAGCGGGAAAACGUUUUUGUAUCGUGCUCUAAUUCAAAAAGUUGAUCUCAUUG